CUCAUCCUGACAAGAGUUGACAACCGCUGAUGCAUAUCAAAUGCAUAUUCAGUAAAUCGGCGCGGCCUGCAACAUAACCUUCACAAACGAGGUUGCAAUGGCCGAUCAUAGAAGGCCGAUGGGUUUUUUAUUUGAACCAGAAAAACAUAAAGAUAGCGUGGAAAUCGAUGAAGCACAUGAUUAUGAUCAAGAAGUCGAUGAGGCCAUGGAAAAUAGACUGGAUAAUUUAAACUGGUGCGCUUGCGGCCAAUGUCAGCUAAUGCCUACAAACGGAGAAUGCCUGUGUUGUAGGGAAGAAGAUAUUUUUACUUCUAAAAUGGACGAAAACUCUACUUGUUGUAUUUCGAAAACACAGACAUUUAAGAAUGCGUGCAAGAAUAAGGAUAUAUUAGAAAUUAUCAUGGCAGCGUUAAAGGAGGUUGUUGAUGAAGAUUUACGUGAUCCCAUUUCGAAUAGGUUGUACAGAUAUGCUGCUUAUAGAAGUUUCACCUGGUGGGUGUAUGGAAAACUUGGACGAAAACGUAGAAAGGUUAUUCCAGCAUGUGCUGUCCAUGCCAUCCGACAUCAAUUUCCAGAGGCAGACCAAAAUUAUGAAGGCUACCAUGAUGCUAUCAAGAACAUUUCACUAAAUGAAGACACUUUUGAAUACAUCAUAAGUUAUGUUUGUAUACCAACUUGAGUGUGCUAAGGCGAUACUUCUUUUAUAACUAUACAUACAACAACACACCAUACUAUACUAUACAGUACUAUGUAAUUCUCACGUGAAGGAGGCCCUCUAACUGGCCUUUUCAAAGUCAGUGUUUUUUAUGGCUUCACACAUGUGCAUGCAAAAAAUUUUACUUCUCUUUCAA